AGAAGCGGCGAUUGAAGGGAGUGCAGACGGCCAUCUUAGAGCUACCAUCAACACCGCGGAAUCACCCAUUGAUUCCCCUCUUUUUUUUCCUCGUUAGAUAAGCGACUGGCGAGCGAAUUUCAACGAGAACAAGAAGAGGACGAAGGGUGCGUGUAUCCAAGUUUGUCGCGGCUCAACUCCAAGUCGGGAUGCGCUUCCGAAGGAAUAAACUCUUUGCAUCCAACGUCGGACUGGUCCUGGCGCUGGUGUGCGCGCUGGAUGCGGCUAAAGUCAAUAAGCACAAGCCAUGGAUCGAGACCACUUACCACGGUAUCGUGACAGAGAACGAUGACAAAGUGCUGCUGGACCCGCCUUUAAUUGCACUGGACAAGGAUGCGCCUCUACGCUAUGCAGAGAGUUUUGAGGUGACCCUCACUGAAGAAGGUGAGAUUUGCGGCUUCAGGAUCCACGGGCAGAAUGUCCCUUUCGAAGCUGUGGUCUUGGACAAGUCUAGUGGCGAGGGGAUCAUCCGGGCAAAGGACAAGUUAGACUGCGAGCUGCAGAAGGAACACACCUUCACCAUUCAAGCAUACGACUGCGGCGAGGGACCUGACGGUGCCAACAUGAAGAAAUCACACAAGGCCACUGUCCACAUACAGGUGAACGACCUCAACGAGUACUCGCCGGUGUUCAAAGAGAAGUCUUACAAAGCCACCGUCAUUGAGGGGAAAAAAUACGACAGCAUUCUGAAGGUGGAGGCUGUGGACGCAGACUGCUCUUUCCAGUUCAGUCAGAUCUGCAACUAUGAAAUUGUCACCCCGGAUGUGCCCUUCACCGUUGACAAAGAUGGCUUCAUUAAAAACACAGAGAAACUAAACUACGACCGAGAGCACAUGUAUAAGCUGACUGUGACCGCUUAUGACUGUGGAAAGAACCGUGCCUCUGAGGACGUCCUGGUCAAGAUCAGCGUCAAGCCAACUUGCAAACCCAGCUGGCAAGGCUUCAAUAAGAGGAUUGAAUAUGAGCCUGGCACAGGCAGCUUGGCUCUUUUCCCCAGCAUGCACCUGGAGACCUGCGAUGAGCCAAUUACCUCCAUCAGAGCUACCGUUGAACUAGAAACCAACCAUAUUGGAAAGGGAUGUGACCGUGACACCUACUCUGAGAAGUCCCUGCACAAGCUGUGCGGAGCCAGCUCCGGUGCUACGGAGCUGCUGCCAGCACCCAGCAGCUCCACCAACUGGACGGUUGGACUACCCACCGAUAAUGGGCACGACAGCGACCAGGUGUUUGAGUUCAAUGGCACCCAGGCCAUCAAGGUUCCUGACGGCUUGGUGAGCACCAGCCUGAAGGAACCCUUCACCAUAUCUGUGUGGAUGAGACAUGGCCCCGGGGCCCAUGAGAAGGAGACCAUCCUCUGCAACUCUGACAAGACAGACAUGAACAGGCACCACUAUUCACUCUACGUGCACAACUGCAAGCUGAUCCUUCUCCUCCGUCAAGAUCCAUCGGAGGCGGAGAACUAUAAACCGGCCGAGUUCCACUGGAAACUCGACCAGGUGUGUGACAAAGAGUGGCAUCACUAUGUGCUGAAUGUGGAGUUCCCCACGGUGAUGUUGUUUGUGGAUGGGGCUACUUUCGAACCCUUCCUGGUCACAGAGGACUACCCACUGCAUGCCUCCAGGAUUGAGCCUCAGGUCACCGUCGGUGCUUGCUGGCAAGAACGCUCGGGAUAUGACAAUGACACUGAGACAGUCUCUGAGUCUUCCUCAGGCGGAAACGCACGCAUGGCCCAGUUUUUUCACGGAAACCUUGCAGGGCUGAUGAUUCGCUCGGGCAAGCUGGAGAACAAGAAGGUUAUUGACUGUUUGUACACUUGCAAGGAGGGCCUAGAUGUGCAGCUGCCUGAGGAGGUCGCUUCCGCGGUUAAGGUGGAGUUUAACCCCAACCAGUCCUCUCUGACUGUCGAGGGGGACGAUAUUGAUGCUUUUGACAAGGUCAUGCAGCACGUCUCCUACUUGAACUCCCGUCAGUUCCCGACACCCGGCAUCAGGCACCUUCGCAUCUCCACCGCUGUCAAAUGCUUCAACGAGGAGUCCUGCGUGACCAUGCAGGAUGCCGAAGGUUACGUGAUGGUGCUGCAGCCCGAGGAGCCCAAGAUCAGCCUGAGUGGCAUUGACCACUUUGCCCGCAGUGCUGCCGAAUUUGAGAGCCAAGAAGGCGUGACGCUGUUCCCCGAGCUGCGCAUCGUCAGUACCAUCACCCGCGAGGUGGAGGUUGACGCCGAGUCUGAAGCCACAGAAGGAGCGGACGAUGACCCCACAGUCCAAGAGACGGUGGUGUCUGAGGAGAUCAUGCACAACCUGGACACGUGCGAAGUGACCGUGGUGGGAGAUGAACUGAAUGCAGAGCACGAGGGCCUGGAGGUGGACAUGGAGCAGCUGCAGCAACGUGGCCUUGAGAUGAGCUCCUCCCACCUUAGCCUCGUCAUCACAGGCGUGAACACUAUGGCCAACUACGAGCAAGUCCUACAUCUCAUCCGUUACAAGAACUGGCACACUGAGGCGCUCUUCGACAGGAAAUUCAAACUGGUGUGCUCUGAGCUCAAUGGGCGCUACGUCAGCAAUGACUUCAAGGUCGAGGUGAACGUAAUCCACACGGCCGGCACCAUGGAGCAUUUGAGCAGUGCCAUGGUGCAGCCCAACUUCAUCAACCCUGUGCAUCAGGCAUCCGUGGACUUGUCUGGUCACAACCUGGUCAACGCUCACCAGGCGUCAGUGGUUCCCAGCGCGGCCACCGUCGUUAUCGUCGUCUGCGUCAGUUUCCUGGUGUUCAUGAUCAUUCUGGGCGUGUUCCGGAUCCGAUCCGCACACCAACGCACCAUGGGGGACCAGGAGAACGGCAAGGAGAACGAGAUGGACUGGGACGACUCAGCCCUCACUAUCACCGUCAACCCCAUGGAGACGUAUGAAGACCAGCACAGCAGUGAGGAGGAGGAGGAAGAGGAGGAGGAGAGCGAGGAAGGGGAGGAGGAAGACGAUAUCACGAGCGCCGAGUCGGAGAGCAGCGAGGAUGACGAGGGUGGCGAACAGGAGGACCAGCAGGGGGCCAGCAGACAGCAGCAGCUGGAAUGGGACGACUCCACCCUCACUUACUAGAACAACACUCGCACACACAAACCCACCCGCACACAUCACUCAUUUGCACUCACUCAGACGUUCAUCCUCACUACACGAAUAUAAGGAGCCGUGAAGUUUAAACAAAAAUAAUCCUGGUCAAGGUUUCCCUCUUGUCAUCUUAGUGGCCCUACUUGGUGUUGUGUAGUCAUCAGCGGCUUUUUUUAAAACUUAAUUUAUUCACAGGUAAUCUUGGCCAAAAUUUCUUUUCCAGUGUGUGAGGAAGCCAAUUGUGCACUUUUUUUUAGUUGUCUCUCCCACACAAGGCUUCGGAAUCAUUUCUAGAUUUGUUUCAGCAGCUGAACAUAACCGCUGGUAGACCAGUGAUUUGAAUUAAUGCUUUUAGCAACUCGACCACCUUUUUCUUGUGUUUUUUUUUUGUUUUUGCUUGGCUUUUUAACCUUUUAGUGCAUGAAGAAGUCUUAUGUGUAGAGAGAUCCAUUUCUUUUAAAAGUUGUUGUAAAUAUUAAGAAACCAUGUAAUUAGUCAAUGUGCUUGUGAAGGCCUUUGCCACAGGGUCCAAUAUCUACAAAUGCUUACUAUUUGUGUCACGCAGGUUGUAGCAUGUCGCUGAAAAUGUGUACAAAAGUGUCAGCUUUCUUGACCAAUGUUCUAAAGAUUUUUUUUCUUUUUUUAAACCCAUUUGUGCUCUCCUCUCUGCACAGAGGACACGUGCUUCGUUUUGCUUGCACGCACGUGCGUCCCUUUCAUUCCCGCUUGAUGGGAUGUAGAGUGCGCAAACGGACGACAGUUGCGAAGAUGCGAUGUGAGCAACCCGGAAAGACAGCCAUCCUCAGCCUAAUUCACAAAGGAGCACACCGGCUCCAGGUAAAACGUCUUGUCACUUGUAAAGAAAAUUGUCUCUGGUGCGGCCGUUUUAAUGUGAGCUAAUAAUAUUAAAGCAUUUAUCUCCAAGUAGUAAUAAUUGGGUGUUGGACUAAAUAUUGGACAGUAUAGCUUCUUGAAAACUUGCUAAACGCAGUGUCCUUCUGUCUAGCGUACAUGACAACAUUGUGAUUUUACUCCCAGAUGACGUUUUACUGUAUAUAUAUUUUUUCACAUGUACGUAUGUGAACAAAGUAGCUAGUUUGGGUCCUCCUUACUGCACACUACUUGUUCAAGCUGUCCAAAUGGCACUGGUAGACAGAUGAGUGAUGCCAACCUCCCCAUUUCCCGGAAGGCCCAGGUUUCCGAUCCCAAUAUGCAUUACGGAAGUGUAAUACUGUGUUGAGCAACAUUUAUUGAGCCAAGGCACAUUUUCCUUAAGAAAAAUCUUGCAGCACACCAUCAACCAAAAUGUCACUGAAGGUAUACAGUAUGCUUAAAAAAGAAUUAUUUUCUUGUCUCUAUUUACUCCCAAAUUGACUGACUCUGGGAAAUCCGUUCUUGUUUGGCCUGACACAAACCUAUUGUUUGUUGGACCUUUGCCAUCUAUUGGAAGAGAUUGUCAUUGUUCUGCCUGUCACUAUUGUCAAUGGCAUAGAUAGAUGAGCUAAGAUUCAUCAUGUAGUAAAUGUUUUUAAACAAUUAAGUAAAGGUCUCAAUCCUGUCACUCAUUAUCAUUUUUGCUCAAUGCGGGUGCGCUUUUGAAUUCAGUCAUAAGGUGAGAAAAUUAAAACAAAAUGUGGAAUGGAAAAAAAAAACUUUCUGAGAAAAGUUACAUUUUUACUAGGAUGUUUACAUAUUUUAAGACGUAGCUGGAGUUGUGCCGAUUCUCGCUUUGGGAAAUCAGGAGGCUCGGUAUCUCUGUAAUUGGGGGCAUGAAGUCCAACUCGCAAUUUUCGGCUUUCAAAGUUUAUAUCACAACUGCAAUUGUGUGGCAGAAAAGCACGAACAUGACACCUGGUGUGUUUAAAGCAAUUGUUUCUAUCGAAUGACACGAUCUCAUUAUUGGAUGGCACCUUUGCAGCAAUAUCUUGCUUGGAUAGAAUUUGUGUCAAAGGCAAAGCGGGAUAAAUGUCGCAAUCGUCUGCUACAGCUCUGGUGCAAGAUUCUUGAGUUAAAGAGGCUGAUGAGAAGAAUGUAAUUCUGCAUGAUAAUAGGCAUCGAAUUAUUUUUGUGUAAUGACCCCUCCGUGACGCCCCCUGCAGGCUUGAUGAUGGGAGUGCCUUUAGCUGGUCACAGUGCAAUGAGCAGAUGUAACAAAACCUGUGUUUUAAGUUGUUCAUUUGUAACUAUACUACUCGGUUUCUUAUUGAAGUUAAGUCUGUCUUAAAAAAAAAAAGUUUAAAAAAAAAAAGUAAAGCGCGACUAGUUUUGAUUUUACACACUGUCAAUGUGUCCAUGUUGAUGUGUAGUUUAUAUAGAUCCAUUGUGUAUCUUCUGUAGGUAUCGUAUUAAAUCCACCUUUAACCAGAUGUACAGUGUCAGUGCGUAAUGACAAAGCUUUGGCAGCAUAAGGGAGAAGCAAUUCUGUGUGUGAGCGCACACCUAAAAAUCUGAUUUGUGAUCAACCCCACUGAGCGACGCAUCACUCGCCCCAAUUGAAUGUCUCAGCCAUAGAAAUAGAAACAACAACGCUUAAGGAUGGAACGUCGCAUGAAUCACAAGUUUGUGGAUAUUUCAUGUUAUUGAGACAGGAGUGUGUAGAUGUGAGCCACUUUAUUCUUGUCUUUCACACAUCCACAAUACCCCACACCCCGUUUUGAUUUUUAGUUUUCUUUGACGUUUGCUCAAAACAUGGAAAUGUUUUGCGAGUUGGAAGGUUCCUUUGUGCUUGUUGGAGCUGCUCUCACUUUUCGACUACUAAUAGACAGGCAAACUGUAGUCAAGUUGAUGCUUGCUCGUGAACAAAAUAAAGGAGAAUUGGAUGGAA